AUAGAAAACUUUGGAUCCCUGAAACGAUGGCGAAGACGAAGAUGAUGGAAUUCUUCUAGAGAGAGAGAGAGAGAGAGAGAGAGAGAGACGAGAGAGAGGGAGAAACAGAGGAGGUCAUUGACGAUCAGAUUGGGUUGCAGAGUAGAGCAGAGGCAGUUUGACUCAGCAUUGUAUGCUCCACUGCGCCGCCACACGACCUAACACUUCCAAAUUUCUCGCGUCGGCGUUUCCGGCGAGUCAAAGUUUCGGCCUUUACUUAUUUUCAGCUAGGAUUUGGCGUUUGGCGUCGUGAUCAUGGGGCGGUGAGGCCUGUUUGGAAGGAAGGAAAAUUUUGCGGGGUUUUCACGGGAAAGUGGACAGUUGUUUCUGAAGAGAGGGAGAGAAGGCUGCUGGUUUCAGUAAAAAGGGUCCAUGCUUGAAAAUAUCGCUUGCCGUAGCUUUGAAGCUUUCAACUGCAUUCCGCAAUCUAUGUGAACCAUGAAACUUGAGAGAGAACCAGUGUUUGGUCACUUACCUAUAAGCCACAAGCCUGAUUCGAAUCCUUUUAAUUGUAAUGACAUUACUCUGGACUCCGCGGGAUUACAGUCAACAAGUCAGAAUAGGGUUUCGUGCAGUUCAAAGGACAAUGAAGAAGAUGAUGGUCAACUACCAUAUAUGAGAAAUGGCUUUCCCGUAUCAAAUUUUAGGUGCUCAAAGACUCUGGGUGAUUUGGAAAAGAGUAAUGAUGAUGAGGCCAUCAAAGGUUUUGGGUCGCCAUAUUCCCGUUCUUCUGAAAAAUUUGAAACAUUGGAGAAGGAAUCGGAUUAUUAUAUGGACAAAAGUGUUACGGAAUGUGAACUGCCCGAAUUGAUAAUUUGUUACAAAGAUAGCAGUUGUAAUACAAUUAAGGACAUCUGUAUUGAUGAGGGAGUGCCUUCCCAAGACAAGAAUUGGGUUGAAACCGGGUUGGAUGAGAAGGCAUGCUGCACCUAUUUACCUCCUGAUGAGGAUCAGAAUAAGCAAAUGCAUGAAGAACAAUUGGAUAUUGUUAUUACCUUUCCAGAUGAUUUUAAAUCUACUACAAAAAAUGAUUUAGAGAAGGGGUUUUCCAUUGCUUGCAAUUCCAAGGAGCCGAUGGAGAGAGGCGAUGCUAUAAAUGAUGGAUCAGAGAGGACUGCAAUUGACGUUUCCAAAGAAGAUUUUUGCCCGGCAAAUGUGCAAGGGUUUGGUGCAGGGAACCCUCACUCCAAGUCUUCUAAUAAGGACAGCAAUGAAGCCGAACAAGAGACUAUUCAGAUUUCAAGGGAAAUAGCAAAGACUGAGAGCCCUGCUUUGGUUUCAGAAACUGAAGAGGCUAACCAUAAUGAGAAGGAAGCAUUGGUUUCUGCAGCUGAAGAAUCAAAUUGCCUUCUCGGUGAGUUAUCUGGCAAUAGCAAGGCAGAGAGCGGAAACAUUACUUCUGCUUUGGACGUUUCAACACAUGUAUCCAUUACCACAGAUGUGUGUCCUCAAAAUGGUGUAUGCGAUAUGCCCAUGGAUGAUGAUAGUCAUGUUGACAAAGACGACAAUAUGUCUGAUUCAGAGGUUGUGCCAAGCCAAUUUCAUCAUUGUUUAGCACCCGUGGUUACUGGAAGAGAAGAGUGUCCUGAGAAUGGUGGACAUCUUGAGACUUCAAAUACAUUCAACAGUUGAUGGUGACAUUUCUGAUUCAAUGAUUGGUUCGAGCCAAGUUCAACAUUGUUUAGCACCUGUGGUUACUGGAAGAGAGGAGUGUCCUGAGAAUGGUGUCUGUCAACAUCUCGAUGCUUCAAACACGUCCAAGGUUGAUGAUGACAUUUCUGAUUCAAAGAUUGUUUCGAGCCAGGUUCAACAUUGUUUAGCUCCUUUGACUAUUACCAGAGAUGAGUGUCCUGAGAAUGGCGUCUGUCAAGGUCCCGAAACUUCAAAUACAACCAAGGUUAAUGAUGACACUUCUGAUUCAAAGAUUGUUUCAAGCCAGGUUCAUCAUUGGUUAUCUCCUGAAACUUCGUAUGCAUCCAUGGUUGAAGAUGUGAACUGUUGAUGCACACAAUGCUCCACUCCAAUUUCAACGCAGUCUAGGAGAGUCAAGUUUCUCAGCAGCAGGUCACUUCUCGAGUCUCAUAACCUCAGGUCCCUAUUCCGGCAAUGUCUCCCUCCGAUCAGAAAGCAGCACCACCAGCACCCGCUCAUUUGCCUUCCCUGUAUUACAGCCCGAGUGGAACAGCAGUCCAGUUAGAAUGGCGAAAGCUGACCGGAGGUAUUUGCAGAAACAUAGGGGUUGGAGGGGUUGUCUUCUUUGCUGUAGAUUCUGAUUCUCUCCGAACGCUUCCAUCUAACCGUAGUUAUUAAGUUUAAGCCAGAGUAAAUGCUUCAUCAUAGUUUUAUCACAUCUUUUAAAUUAUCAUCGUCAAUACGUACAUCAUAUUUUCUGCGUCUUGGGAUGUUAUUUGCAGUAGGUUUAGAGGAAUGUCAUGCUUUUUGUUAUGCGUGCGCUUUAAGGUGUAAGCAAUGACAUAUAAUUCUCUCUUUAAUUUUUCAUCCGUUAUUCUUUUUUUCCA